AACCGAGUGUUUUAAUGUGUCUGUUGGUCAUUUACAACUAAAUUGGUUUCCUGUUUAUUUACUCAAAUAAGCAUGGAAUGUCAUAUAAACACAUGUUCAGUUUAUUUCAUCUAUUUUUAGUGCAUAUACAGUCCUUAUAUAUUUUAAUUUUUAAUCCCUUAAUUUUCAUCUUACAAUUUUACUCCCGAUUAAGAAUUUUUGGUUGACUUCCUACUCAAUUAUACACUUUUUCACCAUUGUAAGACAAUAUUUGGCCUAUAACAAUCUUGUUACAAUUCAUAAGCAAGACUGAUGACCCCCCAUUCAUAUCAGACUGUGAAAUGCAAAAUAAGCUGUAGUUAAUGUCUCUUCAUGACAAAAAGGAUUAAGGACAUGAUGAUCCUGCUUUACAUAUUUGGGAGUGGUAAGUGUUACAACAAGAAGAUUCUUUAAAAUGAUUCAUUUGUUCUUAUUUUGGUGAUAGAUAUUUUGGGCACACCUAAAAUUUCUGAGUUAAAACUUAGAGGCAAAUAAACAGAACUAUUUAGGUGAUGUAUAUGUUUUAUAACUGGAAAUUAUUCCCUUACUUUAGUGAACAUGUACUCUCUUAUUGUGUUCAGUGCUGGCCUUGGCUGUGCAUUGUUCUUCAAGCAACCAGUUUACAGCCUCCUGUAAUAACAGACAGUUGUUGUUUAUCUAGCUGCGCUGACCUAGUUGAAGUUAACCUGCUCAUGCACUCAGUCUCAAUCUCACUUAACAUUAUCAGUCUAAUUACCAGCAGGCGAGCCACGCUUAGCUCGUACACUGAUGGACUGCUUUCACAAAGCGAUGUGACAUUUUGUGACUGUUUGUAAUAACCUGCAGCACGAAAUUAAUUUUUUUGUUGUUGUCUUUUAAUGCUACAUAUGCAACAUUGUGUAUUCUUGAGUUUUGUCAUUUAAACUGUGACUAUGGUCAUUGCAAGCGAAAACUGUCAGUUUAACCGAAUUAAAAAAAAAAAUAAAAAAAAAAACAUUUUAAAAUUGAGAGCUAACAGUCUAGAACUAAAUUAUAGUGAUUCAAUCAUUAAAGAAAAAAUCUUGCUGGUAAUUAUAGAAAUAUUUCUGGGAUCCUCUCUAAAUAGCUCCCAUCAAUCACUCUUCCUGGAUGCAAUUUUGUAUAAUGUGUCAGAUCCAUGUAAGGUGUCCAUAGUUCUGAGUAAGAUCAUGACACAGAAGGAUAAUCAGCCACCAGCACGUGCAAAAUGCAGGUAGGUGUGUCUGAUCCCAUGUGUCUCCAGUCCAGCUCCACAGUCACACCAAAGUGAGGGAUUCCAGCUUUACCAAUGCUGGUCCUGUCCUCACAGGCCAGGAGUUCCCAUUCAGAGCUUUGCAUGGUCUAAUGCGGUCUGCGCCCCAGCAGCCAGCUCGCUGGCCAGGUGGUAUGGUGGAAGGAGAACUUCAGAGAAUGCCAGGCAGAAACCAACUGCGACGAGUCUCCCAGACCCCUUUUCCAGACCAGGCACCUCCAAGGAAGUCUCGCAAGAAGCUACAAGUUAUCAUCUGUGUGCUCCUUGUGGAGUUGUGCGAAAGAUUCACUUUCUUUGGGAUUGUGUGUAACAUGAUUCUCUUCUGCACUGUGAAGCUGGGCUAUGAUAACUACCUGGCUGCGACGGUUAACCUGUGCUUUAUAGGCGCCAGCACCCUGACUCCUGUCCUGGUUGGGUGGUUUGCAGAAACCUGCUUAGGAAGGACUAAAGUGCUCUACUUGUGUGCUGUUCUUCAUUUCUUUGGUACAGCCAUGCUGCCCGUGGUGGCAUUUCCCUUCGAAGAUUUCUACAUCGACACUCAUCACAUGACGCACCAGCUGGAACCCCGGGAGCAACAGAUCCUCUUCUACACCGGCCUCCUGGCUGCUGCGCUGGGCAUCGGUGGCAUCCGGGCCAUCCUCUGCCCCAUGGGAGCCUACAACCUGCAGGGCUACAACCAGCACCAGCUCCUGUCCUUCUUCAACUGGUUCUACUGGUUGGUGAACCUGAACUCCACUAUUGUGUUUCUGGGUAUUGCUUACAUCCAGCAGUCUGUGGCCAAAAAUCUGGGCUUUCUUAUCCCCUUCACCUCUGUGCUGCUGGCUCUCAUUGCCAUACACAUGAUGCGCAACAAACUCACCUACAAACCCAAGAAAGGUGGAUCUUUACUGACCACACUGGGAGUCUUCCUGAACUCUUUCAAGAUGUGCUGCCUCCACUAUCGGCACCUGAGUGGCGAUGUGGUGUCUUGGCUGGACCGGGCCAAGGAGAACAAUGGUGGCCGUUACAGUGAGACGCAUGUAGAGAACGUCAAAGUCCUGGCAAAGCUCUUCCCUCUUUACGGGCUUCAGCUGCUGUACAGAGCCUGCAUCACACAGAUUCCCUCAGGUUACUACAUACAGACAAUGAACUCCAACCUUCACCUGAAUGACCUCCUGCUGCCCAUCGGAGCUAUGAAUGUGAUCAGCAUCCUGCCUGUGCUGCUCUUGGCCCCGCUGAUGGAGUGUGUCACCACCUGCUACCUCUCUAUGGAAAAAACUCCUGUGGCCCCUGCAAAAAUCAUUACUCUGGGCCACGUGUGUGCCACUCUGUCAGUCCUGGUGGCAGGUUUGUCUGAGCUGCAGAGGAAGACUUACCCUCUGGUGGAACAGACGCUGUCUGGAAAGGUCCUGCAAGUGUCGUCCAUGCCGUGUUUCCAGCUGGCACCCCAAUACAUCCUGCUUGGUCUGGCAGAGGCUCUUGUCACCCCUGCAUGUUCCCUCAUAUCUUUCCAGCUGACCCCGAGCCACAUCAGAGGCAUCUCCCUGCACUUCCUCACUCUGUCCUAUGGAGGGGGCUGCUUCCUAGGAGCCUUCAUCGUUCAGCUGGUUUACUUUCUCUCUGGAGGUAACUUCUACCCAAGCAUGCUGCAUGAUGGGAAUCUGGAGAGAUUCUUCUUCCUCUUGGCCACACUGAUGGCUAUAAAUACCCUUGUAUUCUGGAGUGUAUCUUACAGGUACAUAGACCUGAGUGUGCGGGGCAAAGCACUGACCCUCAGCCCACUGACUGAGAAGCUGCGGCAUUACAAAGCCUUCCUGCGCUUCUAUGACACCGUGGAUCGCUCCUACACAAACACCUCCUUUGAAUCCAUUUUAUGACCGUCUUCAUUGUGACCUCUACUGUGAGUGGCGCUGGCGCUGCAUGUUACUGUGUCAAAAUCUGUAACUUGGGAA